AUAGGAGUGUUUGCCAAUAGCUUAUAAUAAGCACCACCAAGUAUUAGAAUCAACAGAGCCCAUCAGCUAGUGCACGAGCCACUCACUUGGGAACUCUUCCACUAUUCUCCACGUUUUUCUCUCCACUAUGACUGUGACAUGGAAGCUGAAACUGCAAUAUGGAGCACUGUUUUUCUCAGUUUUGGGAUGUGUGCUGAUCUGUGUAAGCACCUUUGUUCCACUAUGGAAGUUUCUGAACUUGGAUCUUAAUGAGAUGGAGACCUGGAACAUGGGAUUGUGGCACAUUUGUGUAGUGCAGGAAGAAGGAGGGACGGAGUGCAAAUAUUAUGAUUCCUUUUUGGCAAUGCCAUAUGAUCUCAGGAUCUCAAGGAUUCUGAUGUUUCUCGCCAAUGGCAUUGGACUGACUGGCCUCGUCAUGGCUAGCUUUGGCAUAGACUGUUUAAAGUUUGAAAAAGAAAUAAAAAAGAAGCUGUCCAUCUGUGGAGGUAUACUUCUGUUGUUGUCAGGCAUCAUUUCAUUGGUCCCUGUGUCCUGGAUAGCCUACAACACAGUUCAGGAAUUUUGGGACGAGUCCAUUCCAGAUAUUGUGCCUAGGUGGGAGUUUGGGGAUGCUGUGUUCAUGGGCUGGUUUGGAGCUUUCUUUCUGCUGCUGGGUGGCUCAUUGCUGUUGUGCUCCAUGAUAAUUGCAAGCAAGCCCACCUUUGCUCUCAACAAAACCUCAGGAGAACAGUAUCCUCUUGCACACACAACACUCAGGUAUCCAGAUCAGCUUGCACUUACAGCACUCAGGCAUCCAGAUCUGACAGUCUGACAGCUUUAGAGAUGACCGGAAACUUUUUUAAAAUCUGAUUUGGAGUCGGACUUGCAGCGGCAACAUCUUUGGUGGUUUGAACUGAAAUCUCUGUGGAUAUGGGACGUUCUAGCUUGGGCGGGGAAGGCAUUUUCAUCUUGUUCAUCUUCUUUUCAUCUUGUUUCAUCUUGUUUAUUCAUUUUAUUGAAAAGUACUGGGGAAUACUGGCUUUAGUUUAGAUUGACUUACAUAUUAUUUCAUAGAACAGGGACAGAAUAUUUAUUUUGUUCUACUUGAAGUAGUUACUGGUGGCAAAUACAGUUAGUUAUUGAAGGUAUAUUCAUCUUCCUUGCUCUGUCUUCUUAGGGUUAUAGUUACAUUAUGUUCAGGCAAAGAGCAGGACAAGGAAAACUGAAUCAAAUACAAUGAAUAUUGCACAGAUAAUAUCAGCAGUGAGUUGUCUUCUUGAAACAUCUGAGGAUGCAAUGGAUUUUAGCAUGUUAUACCAAUUUUUGCAUAAAUGUUAUUUAUGAACCCUUAGUGUUCCUGUGUUAGUUUGUUAGUGAGUCUUGUGUUUGACAUUACUGAGGCAAAAUAAAUCUGUAUGAAAAAGAAUAAAAGUUUGCAUUUUGCCAUUUAAUACUGUG